CUUUACCGCCUCCCGCAGUCGCCGCGCAUUGCCACGCGGCGACUUAUCCCUGAAAGUGCCGGCUCAUAAUAACAUAAGAUAUAAACGCGCUGCGCUACGGGCGGCGCGCGGCGGCGCCGUGCGGCGUGGAGUGUGAGCGCACCUGUCCGGGCGAGGCGAGGCGCGCACUGCUGCAGCCGGGCGGCGCGGCGGCGCACACACAGCGCGCAUGCGUGCCGCCCGCUAUUAAAAAAUGAAUUCCUGGUUCCCGCACUGUGGGCCGCACGCCGAUCGCAGUCGCCGCGUUCCGCUCGCUAUUUUUGCGCGGUGAGCCGGGCCGCGCCCGAACACGUCGCGAGUGGAGUGUGCGAGUGGCGGGAGUGUGUGAGCCUGUGCUCGGCGCGGCAUGCGGCGGCCGGCGCGCCGCUAGCGGGCCCCGGCAUGGCGCGCCGCCCGCCGAGCCCGCUCCGCGCGCCCUCAGCAGCGCCGCCACAGCCCCGGCCACCGCGGGGCGCUCCGCCACCCGCCGCAGGCCUGCCGUCGCCGCCGCCAACAUGACCGACCUGCAGGCCACCUUCGAAUUCUCCGUCGAACUCUACAAGUUCUACAAUGUGGACCUCUUCCAGAGAGGGCUAUACCAAAUCCGGGUGGGACUGCGGGUGUCGCCAAAGGUGCCGGUGCACAUCGAGGCAUCAGUGUCGAGCAGUAACGGAGCCGCUCGCACCGGCCGGCCAGCGGCCAACGCGUCCCUCAUCGGAGGGCUGGCCGCCUCACGAGCAUUCCAGAUCAUGUACCGCAACGAAGAGGUUACUCUCAGGGACAUCGUGCACUUCAGGGCUCACUUGCUUGUCGACAGCCGCAACCUGAAGGAAUCCUUGGAGCGUGCAGAAUGGAGCCUGGGCGUGGAGCUAUGGUGCAGCGAGGGAGCACAGUCCAGCACUCUAGCCCCUGUCUCGUGCAGGGUCCUGAAGCUUCACUUCCAGCCCUCGCAGGGCCUGCACUACCAUCUGCCAGUUCUAUUCGAUUACUUCCAUCUAUCCUCCGUAUCUAUCACCAUCCACGCCAGCCUAGUUGCUUUGCAUCAGCCUUAUAUCAACACUCCUCGUUCGAGCAAGCAAUGGGGUAAACUGAUGAAGAGUGCAGGCAGCUUCAACGCGUCUGGAAGUCUGGAGAAUCUGCUGUUUGGGUCCAGCGGAAAGUGUGCUGGAGGGAAUUCUAGCAAAAUAGCUCACGCCAGGCAAGUGCACGCAGAAGUGUGCGGCAUUCUUCUGGGAUCCCUGGAAGGGCUGCAGAGCGCGUUGUCCGUCUGCGGAUCGACCGGGGUCCUCCUCACUCCUGAAGAGUCCUCCUCCAACUCCGUAGUCGGGGAGGUCGCGCAGCGGAUCAAGGAACUUAGCGACCUAGGCCGAAUGAGGAAAUCAGAAGCCGGUGAGGAAGAGGAAUGGGCGAUGGGCGCUGCGCACGACAUCGCGCGGCUAUGCGCAGAGGUGACGCUGCGCUGGCGCGCGUUCCUGCACCACACCUCCGACAGACCGCACGUGCAUCAUGCGCUCGCUGCACGACAUCAUGCUUUACGCAUCAAACGCUUCGCCGAAUGCUUCUUCGUGCUGGACAACCCUCGGCACUCUCUAGCCGGUUGUUAUGACAGCAACUACCAAUCGUACCAGAGCGUCGGCGAGGUCGCACGGAGAUCACGCUACCUUGCCCUCCUGCCUCCCUUGCCUGUCCACUGCAUCGCCCUCGAUGGCGACCCCCAUAUCAUGCCCAUCAUAUUUGAAGACAGGUAUCAAGACACAGCUGAGUUCGCUAGACGUCGCUCAUUCCUGAGCUCUGGUGCAAGUAAAUCUGGCAGUGAUCCAUUUCUGUGUACUGAACCUCUUGGAGAAGACUGUGUUUGUAGCAUAAGUUCGAUCAUGGACUCAAGAAGGCCAUCGUCUGAGGCUUCCAGAGUAACGCUUACUCUGCCCAAGACCAUUAUGGACGUCCUAGAACCACAAUUUAAUGCGCCAAAAACAAGUUCCAAUGUCGUACAAGCCACAUUAACACUUGCUCCACAAAAAACAUCUCGUGGUUCCCCGAAAAGAGCUCUAGUCAAACAAAAUGUCGUUGAACUAACUAAACCGCACAACAAACAGCUAGAAUUAACCGGCAGAAAUAGAUACAUCGUACAAAAUAAUCAAAUCAGUGAGAUACAGCUUCCACCCAACAGCGCUUUUGCUUCAUGUUCUAUUCAGCAGGGACAACAAAUGUCAAGGUAUUCAGCAUCAACAUUACUCGAUAUUAACGCAACAAAAAGCAGCACCUUGACUAGAGUUGGAAAGGAUAAAAGCGAUUCUAAUGAAGUAUUUACACAAAAACAUGAAAUAACUAGCGGAGUCAGCACUCUACCAGCGCGACACAGCAAAUCAUUAGAUCAACUAAGAGUUUCACAAAUGGCGCCUCUUAGCAACUCACAUGCAUUCUCAAAGAGGGAUGUGAGAAACACUUCGAAUACUUCGGUUAAUUAUCCAAAUCCAAAACCAUACUUACCCCCGCAGCAGAUGAAGCCCACAACUCUACCUCGGAGCGUCACUACUACUGCUUAUCCUACAAGCACAACAAUUAGAUCGGGAACUAAAGGCGAAGACUACAGGAGAAAUAUUAAUGAAUUCAGAGAAAAAUAUAAAAAUCCAUGCAAUAUGAACUACAAUCAACUUGUGAUGAACAAUGACGUAUUUCAUAAUGCAGGGUAUAAAUACGAUGGAAUCAUGAAACCUAAUCCCAAUCAGGUGUACGGCUAUACUUUCGGUAAUCAGGGUACAAUGCAAGUGAAUAAUGUUAUUCGUAAUCCGUUAGAAUUUCAAAGAGGCUACAGUGUAAAUUUACCCCGUCCUAUGUUGCCUCCACGUAAUUCUUACCCACCGGUUAGUGGGAAAAAUCAAGUGACUGAUCAGAAUAACUUAGUUUCUAGUAAGCACGUACACAGAUCAAACUCUACUCAUGUAUUCCAUCAAAAUAUGGAGAGCCAGCAACAGAUCGACAUUGAAGCUGCUCGUAACCAACUGCGACAUGAACUGAAUUAUUAUCUGCAAAAAGGAGACUGGAGUUACGACUUCAAUACGGGUAGCCUUAUUCAAAACUAUCAAAAGAAAUCUAGCAAAAGUAGCGAUGACAGUGGAUUUGUAAUGACCUUAGAUAGAAGUAGUGAUGGAACUUCCAAAUCAACGUAUUCGAAGACACCACCAUCAACUCCUCACUCUACGAUGCCCUCGGUACGACAUAAGAAAAGUCGAUCCAAAGAAUCCAAACUAAACAACAACGGUAAAAAUGGCACGAAAAUGCAUUCGAGUAGAGACUCUCUCAGUAGCCAUCAUUCUAUUAGGUCUAAAGAUAGUAAAUCUGACCGCCAUACAUCAAAAUCUGAACGCAGUACACCAAAGUCUGAAAGAGGAACACCUAAAUCUGGUAAAGGUACUCCUAAAUCAGGUGCUAUAACACCAAGAUCUGGUUUGGCUACACCUAAAUCGGGAAGAACCACACCUAAAUCUGGCGUAGCGACUCCAAAAAGUAGUAGGUCAAGUGGGAAACCAGAGAAAAGAACUAAACAUAAGGCGUCUGAAAAAAUGACGCAACUAAUGUCGGAAGCUGCUUCUUCUUCUAGCAACGAAAGUAUACCUUUUGAGCUAAGAAGACUAGAAUCGUCAGCUAGUGUUCCAUAUAGCCUUGAUCAUGGUCCCGAACUAUUAAGACAUUGCAGAAGUGCGGCUUCUGUUUUAGAUGAACCGAACUUAACCAACACUUACGGCUCAGAAUCACUUCCUAAUUUAGCCCCACCUCCAGCUUUUGAAUCACCUCCACUCGAUAUAGCAGAUAAAGACUUCAAGAUAUUACCACCGGAAAACUUUCUAUCCAAGGACGAGAAAGGAAGUAAAAGUAGUUCCACUUCAAGUUUGAGCGAGCAAAGUGGAUGGGUAUCUAGUGGAAGAAGUUCUGGUGCAUCUACCCCAGAUAAUGCUAGUAGUCAAUUAAACCAAAACUUUCCACCUCCUAGUAGUAAUACAACUGCGCCCAAGGUGUCCAGUAAAAAAAUAGAUAAUUCUGUCGAAAAGCGACAAAAGGUGGAGGGUGAGACGAUAAGCGAUUUCAAACGAACCGUUUUGAAUGGCGAACAACUAAGGGAACGGUUGCUAAAAUUAGCAGUAAAGGUCUCUGAAAAUAACUCUAAUGAGCAAAUAGAAUGCUGUGAUAAAGAAAUUUGUGAAGAAUGCACUAUAUGUAGUGAUUCCAUAUGUACAGAUAGUCAAUGUGAAUUGAAUAAAUUGAUGCAUAGUAACGGCAUAGAUGCGGGAUGUAAUUCAGACACGUGCAAUGCGAGUUGUUUUCAGCAAUGUUCAGAUGUAAACCCUGCGAAACUCAAUCAGAGGCAUAAUUCCUUCAGCGCUGUUCAGGGAAAAUCUUAUUCUUCUACUUCAAAAGGUUCUAGUGAAGGAACAGUGAAGAAAUCUCAAACUAUUGGCGACAAUUUGCACCCAUACAUACGCAAGGAGAUUCCAGCAAAAACUCCACAAGCGAAAGGUCCAGUAGACAGAGCUUUAAAAGACAGGAUAGAAUAUACAGAGAAGUUAAUAGCCGCUGAAAUUCGUAGUCUCGCUGCGGCUGCAGCAGCAGAGAGAGCUUGUAAAAGUCACAAGAAAGGAGUCCCGGGACCUAUGGGAGCAAUACAGAAAUAUCAAAACAAGGCGAGAUCGGAAAUAGAUUUGGCUCAUUUUAUGGGCGAUAACGAUUACGAACAUUUGCCCCCACCGCAACAAUUUAGAGAUGCGCCACCGCCUCCGGACGCGUUUAAGGAUCCUCCAACAAAAUCACCUAAGCUGAGUCGCCAAAGUAGCAAAUCAUCAACACCUUCAAAGACACCGAGAAAGCAGCCACCGCAGCCAUCAACUCUUCAGUUGGAUAAUCCCUUAUAUCACGUUUGCGAAGAGCAACGUGAGAGCAACCUGGUCAGUAUCUUCGGUUUGGCUGAGUCUGAGCGUCUCUUCGUCAAGUGCAGAGAAGAAUUCAGACAGAGCGUCAAAUACCCAGGAGCUAUUUACUCGGACUUUCCCCCUCUUGAGAAUUCUCUACCGUAUUUCCAUAUCAGUGACGAGUAUAGGAUGUUUAAUCCUGAAGGUUUACACCUAAUAAUCUGCGUUCAUGGCUUAGACGGUAAUGCAGCAGAUCUUCGUCUGGUAAAAACUUACUUAGAACUCGGGUUGCCAGGAGCUAGGCUAGACUUUCUGAUGUCCGAGAGAAAUCAGGGUGACACCUUCUCUGACUUCGAUACUAUGACUGAUAGGCUUGUGCAAGAAAUCGUUACCCACAUCCAAAAUUCAAGCGAACCGGCAAGAAUAAGCUUCGUAGGUCAUUCUUUAGGCACUAUCAUCAUUCGAUCUGCUCUAGCUCGGCCGCAAAUGAAACCAUUCCUGGGGAAACUGCACACGUUCUUGUCUUUAAGCGGUCCGCAUCUUGGCACACUCUAUAAUUCCAGUGGAUUGGUCAACGCUGGCAUGUGGUUCAUGCAGAAAUGGAAGAAGUCAGGGUCGCUUCUUCAGCUCUCGCUAAGAGAUGCUUCGGACCCUCGCAGAUCCUUCCUGUACCGCUUGAGUGAGAGAAGUCAGCUCCAUCAGUUCAAACACAUCUUGCUCUGUGGGUCAGGUCAAGACAGAUACGUGCCGCUGCAUUCAGCCAGGCUAGAACUGUGCAAGGCUGCUGCUAAAGACACGUCUUUAUUGGGACAAGCUUACAGGGAAAUGGUGCACAACAUGGUGUCACCGCUAGCGGCGCGUGCGUCGACGGUGUCAGUGGUACGAUACGACGUGCAGCACGCGCUGCCACAUACGGCGAGUGCUCUGGUCGGCAGGGCGGCCCACAUCGCAGCCCUAGACUCCGACCUUUUCAUAGAAAAGUUCCUUCUUGUCUCGGCGCUAAAGUAUUUCCGAUAAUCAACGAUUACUAACCCUUCUUGUAACUAAAAUUAUUAUUUUUUGUAUUCGUUAUGAUUACAUGUUAGUAAAUCGAUGUUUUAGGAGAAAGGGUACCUUUGUUGGUGGAUUUUACGUCUUGAAUUUGGUAAAUGUUGUGUUAUGAAAGAAAAAAAGACGUAAACGGCAACUUUGGCUUGGAACAGUAUGUGAAGGUUUAAACGCUUGUAUGUUUUAUGGUGCGGGUAUUUGGCUUUGGUUGCAGUAUAGGUUGACAAUGACAUUUGCAGGUCAAUGGGCACUGACAGGUACAUCUUGAACCAAAUAAAAAAAAAACAAUGAGAGUCUUACCAGACUACGUUCCCUAAGAAAAAUAGAUGGCGCUGUACAGAUUUUCCUUCUAAUUUAAUGGAUUACAAGCAUAAGCAACUUGUAUCUUUGCUUUUGAGUAUAAAAUUAUGACCCUUGUUACUACACCCAGGCACAACACAUCUUCCACCCAUUAUUAUUCUGAUCAAAAUAAUGUGAAGCAAUAUUGGUAGCAACCGUAGUAACAUAAUCCUAUACGCAUCUAAUCCAGAUAUCAAGCAGCAAUUAUUUUUAUUGCCUCUGCCAUUACAGUAUAUUUUUUAAUAAUUAUGUACCCCGAUCAAUGAGAAAAUAUGCAAUUAUCACGUUAAAUCUGAACACCGCUGUAGUGUAUUGAUAUUGCUAUCCUUGUCUCGGGCGCAUACGUCAUCUGAAUACAGAGCAAGACAAACAGUCAGUCAAUGCAGGACGGUCUGCCUGUACAGAGUGAUGGUGUGUUGGCAAGCCAAAUCAUGGCAGUCUACAAAAGGUGUACUCUACAACCGCCAUCUAUAUUUUUUUAGGGAACGUAGCCUAUAAAAUCCCUCAUUCAAAUGAAUAUCCAUUUGGUAACGUUACGAGGACUGUAAAUUAAAACGGCUGCUAGUCACUAAGAACACCAAACAUCUAUUAGUUUUUCUAAGUAUUGUGCUAACGCAUUUGCCAGCAUUUAAUUAAAUCAUGAUACUGCCCGAUCAUACACAAAAAGAUUUAAAAGUUGUAAAUUCAGACAGGAACGGACAAACAUUGAAAAGUGUGAUAAUACGAAUAGUGUCCUAAAUAUUUGAGGAGUAGAGUGAAUAAUGGUCUAUGCAAACAGAAAUGCGUUUAAAAUAAGUAAUACCUAGAUGUAAGACGGAUCUUUACACCAAAUAAUUAAGACUACAAUUUAGAAGAAUGUAGAUAUUAUAGAUGUUAUUUGUAAUAUUAUUAUUGUACCUACUUAUUGUUGUCUACAUGGACAGUAUCAACUUUGAUGUAUCAUGCCACGUACCUAUCUGUCAUUAUUCAUUAAAAAAGGGUAAGUAGUUUGAUGGCCUUAUUCCGAUGAUCCAAAAUAUAUACCGUGAUAUUGUAGGUAAUAGAGCUACCUAAUCCAUGAGCAUCAUUAUUUAGAUUAACUUGAGGUAAAACAUGUUUUAUUAGGUGCCUAAAUACACCAUUCACAGGCAAAGGGAUCAUAAAUAGCGCUUUUUAAAAAUAAUUUUGCAUCAUUUACUUUUUCGCCUUUAACCCGUCUUGCUAAUGGUUGGCAAUUAGAAGAAAUUCUAAAAUUAUCUAUCACCUCACCACCUGAUAUACCUACCUGUAACCAAUUCACCAUUUUUAUGUUCCUGACAAAAGAAACGAGGAAAUCUGAUGAGGCCUCUAAUACGUUAUGCGGCCAUAGCCUUAAUUAAAAAUAAAAAUAAUAUUAGAGAUUUAAAAGUUGUAAAUUUUUAUCGAAUGUUAGACUGAUCUUUAAAAAUAUACGAUCAAGAUACCGAUAAGUUUCAUAGGACUAUCAUUUCUUACGUAAGUAGUGAAUAUAAUUUGAUAAAUAGUUAUUCUUGCUCUGUCCAUUUCUCUCUAUUUAACUGUAGGUAAUGUUUUAUACAGGGCCUUGGAAUUUCUUACAUUAAUUUUUAAUAAUUCAAUAUACUUACUUACUGGGAUAGAAAUAGGAAUACCUCAAAUAUUGCUCACGAGCAUGCUUUUAUGGAUUGAAUUAUGGAACAUAGGAAAGUAUCAGAAAAAGGGAAGAGAUUUUGUAAAUAUAGAAAUUGAAUUUUAUUUGUAAAUUACAUUCGUGUGUUUAAUGGCAACGUGUCGAUGUUAUACACUUAUGAUAAUAAAUAAAUUAACUAUUAUAAUGCCUGGAA